GGGGGGGGGAGAAUGUGACAACUGCUGGAGGCUGCACCGCCUUUAGGGAGGCCUCGGCUCUUGCACCUGUCCCUCUCCGUCUCCGCGACCAGGCGCAGCUCGGGCAGAGCGACGCUCCUUUCUUACCGGGGAGGCUCUCUCUCUCUCUCACGGACAGCCGGGGGGAGGCGCGCACACCGCCGCAGACACCGGCCAGGCAGGCAGCAUGACUUCAGCCUACAACCUGGAUUUUCUGCCCGAUAUGAUGGUGGAGAGCCGCCUGCUCGUCCCUGGAGACAGAAUUAACGGCACGGCCGGGAAGAUGAACGGGGCGCUGGAGCAUUCGGACCAGCCGGACCCGGAUGCCAUCAAGAUGUUUGUGGGUCAGAUCCCGCGCUCCUGGUCGGAGAAGGAGCUGAAGGAGCUGUUUGAGCCGUACGGCGCCGUUUACCAGAUCAACAUCCUCCGGGACCGCAGCCAGAACCCUCCACAGAGCAAAGGCUGCUGUUUUGUCACGUUUUACACAAGGAAAGCUGCCCUUGAAGCCCAGAAUGCACUGCAUAACAUAAAGACCUUAACAGGGAUGCAUCACCCUAUUCAGAUGAAACCUGCAGACAGUGAGAAAUCUAAUGCUGUUGAAGACAGGAAGCUGUUCAUCGGCAUGGUGUCGAAGAAGUGCAACGAGAACGACAUCCGGGUCAUGUUCUCCGCGUUCGGCCAGAUCGAGGAGUGCCGGAUCCUCAGGGGGCCCGACGGGCUCAGCAGAGGUUGUGCGUUUGUCACGUUUUCCACCAGAGCCAUGGCACAGAAUGCAAUCAAAGCCAUGCACCAGUCUCAGACCAUGGAGGGCUGCUCGUCUCCCAUCGUGGUGAAGUUCGCCGACACACAGAAGGACAAGGAGCAGCGGCGUCUGCAGCAGCAGCUGGCGCAGCAGAUGCAGCAGCUCAACAGUGCGACCACCUGGGGGAGCCUGACGGGCCUGGGCGGCCUCACCCCGCAGUACCUGGCCCUGCUGCAGCAGGCCGCCUCCUCCGGCAACCUGGGAGCUUUCAGCGGGAUCCAGCAGAUGGCCGGUAUGAGCGCUCUGCAGUUGCAGAACCUGGCCACUUUAGCGGCAGCGGCGGCGGCGGCCCAAAACUCAGCCAGCCCCUCCACCGCAAACCCCCUGUCCUCCAGCGCCGCCUCCCUGGGAGCGUUGGCCAGCCCAGCAGCAGGCACAACGGCCAGCUCCAACGCCAGUGCCAUGAACUCUCUGACCUCUCUGGGUACCCUGCAGGGCCUGGCAGGCGCAACUGUUGGCCUGAACAACAUUAAUGCACUAGCAGGUAGCAUCAACAUUGCUCAAAUGCUCUCAGGUAUGGCGGCUCUAAACGGAGGUCUGGGCGGCGCAGGGCUCACCAACGGCACGGCAGGCACCAUGGACGCGCUGACGCAGGCCUACUCAGGGAUCCAGCAGUACGCCGCCGCAGCGCUGCCCACCCUCUACAGCCAGUCCCUGCUGCAGCAGCAGGGGGCCGCCGGCAGCCAGAAGGAGGGGCCUGAAGGUGCCAACCUCUUCAUCUACCACCUGCCCCAGGAGUUCGGAGACCAGGAUUUACUGCAGAUGUUCAUGCCUUUCGGAAACGUGGUCUCCGCCAAAGUCUUCAUCGACAAACAGACAAACCUUAGCAAGUGCUUUGGCUUCGUCAGCUACGACAAUCCCGUGUCGGCACAGGCAGCCAUUCAGGCCAUGAACGGCUUCCAGAUCGGCAUGAAGCGGCUGAAGGUGCAGCUGAAGCGCUCCAAGAACGACAGCAAACCUUACUGAUCUUAGCACUAGGUCUGUCCGCUCCCCCAGUUAGCACUGCUAGGGUAAGUCUCCCUCCCCCCAUUUAAAAAAGAGCAAAAGUAAUGGUUAAAAAAAGUUUAUUGAAAAUAAAGCGAGCCAUGGCCUCCUGGGGACUGGGGGAGGGUCGGGGUGAGCAGAGGGAUUGUGGGAGGUAGGGGGAGAUGACCUACAACCACCUGAGGGAGACGCACUUUCCUUGGUUAUUUUUGAAGAUUUCUAUGUAAGCCUUCAACUAUUAUUAUUUAUUACAGCUUUUGACACACAUGAACACUUCCAUUUCUGCCAUUACUUUGUGCAAUCUACUUUUCUUUCUCUUUGGAAGAAAGUUGUUUUUUUUAAAGAAUAGUUUCUUUAAACUUUAAUUUUAUUCUUUUACAUUGAUUAUUUAUACAUUUAUAAAGACUAGUUUGAGUGGAAAGUUGAGACAAAGGAGCCAUGGUACCAUAAUUUUCUUUAGUUUUCUGUUUUGAACUUGAAGGCUGUGAUGGGUUCAUUUUUCAAAAUUUUCUCUUUUUUUAACGCGCUCGCCAAUAUGCACAUUCGCCCUUUGACCUCCACGGUGUUGGUUGCAGGCCGCCGCUGCUUCUCAGAAAAACCCCUUGAUGCCUGCUGGCAACCCGGGAGCAAAGGCUGCAAAACAUUCGUGGCCUCUUAACUGUAAAGUUACACUCUACCACCACCAAGAAGACAAAAAAAACACAAAAUCCAGCUAAACAUGGUCAUUUAUGUACAAAUACAGUUUUUCUUAUUUCACAGAAAUUUAAAAAAAUUGUUCUUACUUUCUGGGUCGGAUCACAUUGGUCUUUUAUGUGAACAGAUUAUAACAGCAUGUAGAUUUGAAAAAAAAUAAAUUAAAUCCAGAAUUUGUGGAAGGAAAUAAUAGUACUACAAAAAUAAGUUUAUGGGUUAAAGGGGCGGGUAUCUGAAAAUACUUGAGGUUUGUUGACAGAUUAAAAAAAUAAUUCAAAGUACAGUAAAGCCACAGGCCUGUAAAUUUUAUUUGUAAAAAAGCAGUUCUAUUUUUAUACAACAUUUUUACUGCCUCAGAUGAAGAAAAAAUGAUUUUAUUUAUUGCCUAUCGUUAAGUUAUUGGACUCCGAUAAAGUAAACAGCAUCGCUCAACUCGACCCUGUGGAGAAACCUGCUGGAGUUCUCCGGUGUUUUUCCUUUUUUAAAAUCCUUUCACGCGAGUGUUUGUUUUUGUUUUUCUUUAUGUUUUGUGCAGAAACAUGGUGACAGAUUUCAUAAGCCCUCCCACAACCCGCCUGUCUCUGUGACCUUCAUCCAUCGUUACGUUUUACAAUCCGUACUUCUCCAUUUGUCCUCUUCGAUUCCGUUAGGGUUGUUUUAAACGUUUAAUUUUUACGUGUUUUUGUCUGUCUGUCUGUCUGUCCCCCCUCCCGUCUGUAAAAUUUAAAAUACAUUUUUAAAACAGAAGGAAAUUGAUAAAAAAUAAAAUAUCGCUGCCCAAACAACACCAUCCAUCUGGGACGUGAUGGAUACGGCUUUGGGUGUGAAUGUGCGUUGUUGCUCGUAAAUGUAGAUCUAUAACAUUAAUGUCAGUUUUCUAGUAUGUAAAGAAAUGUAAAAUUAAUGCUAAAUCUGCUUAUGAAACCAGUGUGUUGUGUUGCUGUUUACCGGUUUGUUUGUUGUUUGUUGUUGACUUUUGGUUUGGUUUUCUUUGGAAGAUGAUGCUGUUGUGGUGUGCUGCUCUGGCUCUCUGUGUGUAACUCUCUCCUCUCCCGUUUUUUCUUUCCCCCUUUUAGAACAACCCAUCUCCAUGCCUGUUAGUUCAUCGUUUGCCUAGCAUGUCUUCGUGGCGUCCAAAAAAAACAAACAAAAAAACUUUAAACAAAAAAACAAACAAAAAAAGUGUCCUCUUCCUCCUACCCCGUCAUUGUUUCUCUGAUGUCUUUUCCGAGCUCACCUGAUCAUAACCUGGUUCUCCUCCACCGCUGCCUACUGAUCUUUUCAGCUUUUAGCUUUUUGGACUUUUAAAUAUCAGUUUUAUGUUUUGGUUUUGUGUUUCUUUUUCUUUUCUUUUUUUUGUUUUUUGCAUGUGACCUCAUUUGGAUUUUAGGGAGGCGUGGGUAAGAAAAUAAAUUAAUGUGAAAAAGAUAAAGCUGCAUUCAUAUGAAAUUUAACUAGAAAGACUGAGAUUUUUAUGAACAAAUGUUCUUUUUGAGGUAAAAAAAAUGACAACCUGUGGUUAAAAAAGUGAUUUCCAUUCUUUAUGUGAUUUUUUCUUUCCUUCUUUCAUUUUAACGUAAACUUGAAAGUUCACUACAGGAAUUGGCGCUUCAUCUUGCUUCUGGUUGCAGACGGAAAAACAAAAAAAGCAGCACCAGAAGCAGUUGGUGCCAGUUUCUCUGAGAAAUAAGACUACUUCCACACAGUUUUAAUAAAAACUGUCUGAUCAAUAUUAGACUCUCUCAGAGCUCUCUAAUGGUUUUUACAUUUUUCAGGCAGUGUAAAGUUUUUUGAUAAGGCCAUUUUAAGUGGCUCUGUUUCUCAUUCAAAGUCUAUAUAUAGAACCACUUUUUUCUAGAGUAGUUUAAAGGUAAAAAAAAUAAAAAAUAAAAAAGGACAUUUGCCCUGUUUGGGGGGGAGAAAUGCUACCUACUUGUGUCACCUUUUGCUGAACUGACUCACAGAUAGACAAUCCGUGGUUUUAAAUGCACAUGAUGAAAUUACCUAUAUUUUCUACUGUUUAAAUGUAUAGAGGAAAAAAACUACGAUACCUGUAACCCACGUUAACGUCGGUGCUUCUUGUGAGUUUAGUUGUGGUUUCAUCACAAGUCUAACGGUCUUAAAUGUCUCAUGUUUUCUCAAGAGAAGACAAAAAAAAUCAGUUUACUUGAACAAUAGACAAAGCCUUUCAUAUUACUAUAAUAGUUAAUUUGUUUUUUUAUUUUAUUUUUAAGGAGUCCCUAUUUGCUAAAUCUCUUGUUGGUUAAUUAGCUAUAUAAAAUUCCUAAAAAUAUAUAUAAAUAUAAAUAUAUCUAUAAAUAUAUAUAUAUAUAUAAAAUGUCAGCUCGUGAAGCAUCAAUGUCAUUAUUAUUUUAUUUCUCUCGUGGGAAACAAUAUUUAGAUGUGUUGUUCAGCAAAAUGUCUUAUAAGGAAAAAAAGACAAGAUCAGUGGAGUUUAGUGCCAAAUCCUGGAGGUACUUCCUGCCUAGCGCGUCAGUGUAUUUCUUGUGAAAUAAUUUGAUAACAUGGGUAUUUUAUUAUAAGUGUUUUGUAUGGAUCCCUCAUAUUUAAAGUAUAGAUUUAAAAAAAGAGUUUGUUAACUUGCUAUUCUGUGGUCUUGUUGCCUGACAAUGUCAUGUUUGCUUUUUUCUUUGUAAAGAUGUAAAAAGUGCCCAUGUGUCAUAUAAAUAUAUAUAAAUAUAUCUAUACACACAUAUGCACACAUGGACACACAAACACUCUCCUGCAGACCUCACAGUUUACUUUUUAAAUGUGCAUGAGAGCCCCUGAGCGUGAAAUCCUCUUCAGCAACCGCUGCUACCCAACAACAACACACACACACACACACAUACACACACACACACACACACACACUCAUCACUUUAAUAUUUUUAGCCACUGUACCGCUGUUUGAGUCAUGAAAGCCUUACCACAAAUCUUUGCACUCCUGUUCUCUCUGUUUUUAUUAGCAUCUCUCGCGCUCAGACGCAAACGUCAGGCUUCGCCGCGCUUUCUCUCCCAGCUGAAAAUAUUAAAGCGAGAGUCGUACGCGAAGCCUUAUUUCUCUAAAUCCCGUCUAAUCCCUUAUUGUUAAGUUCAAAAACCUUUCAGAGUCGUUUGUAUCUGAUGGCGAAUCGUUACUGUUUAUCACCUCCGAGGAGCGAAACGCUUUCAUGAUGUAAGCACAGGGCAAGACUCGUUCAUUCAGCCUCAGUCUGUUUAGGAAAAAGCACACGUCGCCGUCGGUCCGUCCGUCGGGUCGGCCGGCCGGCGGGCGGGAAGGAGGCGGGACGCUCCGGAUCUGCUGCUGAACUCUUAUUUAUUUAUUUUGUCUCAUCGUGUAAGGGGCCAAAAUCAUGUAUAGAUGCCAAAGUGUGUUAUUGACAUUCACAUAGUCGAGCCGUUUACAUGGCACAGUGUUGUCAGUCUAUUCAACUGCCCCUCCCUGAAAGCCUCGUUUACGGUCUGCAAAAAAGACAAAAAAAAAGGCAGCAUUAUUUUCUACAGAAGCUCACCAGUCGCCUUAACCAGGGAGAGUCGCACCAGUGUUAUAAAGGUAGAGGAUGUUGUGCCAAGUCCAGGUUCAGUUCUGUGUGCCGUUAACGCCCCAUCUGUUUGGGCUUCCUCCAUUUCGUCCCGCGCUCUUCUCCGGGUUGUUGUCUCCCAGGCUAACCGAGGUUAUUAGAAACAGGAGGAGCAUCUUAUUGGAACGGCGACGGGGGAAAUAAAAAGCUUGUUGGCUUAAGAGGAAGAGGUCGCGUCUGCAGGUCCACACAGGAAAAAACAACCGGAGCCGAGAUGAAGGCAGCGCCGCUUUCAUUAGACGCUCGACACCAAACCGAAAUGUUAUUUCUCUGAUUGUGGAACUUUAAUGCUGCAUACGUCAAAAGUGGAGAAAGAAACAGCCAUAACUACACAUUUAACAGCCAGAACAUUUAGGAACCAACAGAGGAAUAUUUGUGUGCAGUGGACCUAAAAAGUUUACACACCCGUUAAAACGCAUCUUUCUCACGAUUAUUUAUCGGAUUAGACGCAUCGGACCUUUUGGCCAGAACACAGGUCGUCCGAUAUCUGGGAAAAUUAAUACAGUUUUAUGCAUUUUGGCCUUUAAUCCACCUAAAUAUUAUUAUUUAUGGAAACUCCAACCAAAGUGUAAGAAAACAGUUUAUGUCUUCUUAAAUCUAAAAGUUUUAGAUUCUCUCAAUUUAUCCUCACUUUCUUUGACACGAUUCCUAAUCAACAUCGUCUUUAUAUUCAACUUUGGUCAUUGAAAGUAAUUCAAUCUGUCCACACAAGUGAACUUCCUGCCGCCAUAUUUGAUCUGUAACAGGAAGUCAUUUUGUUUUGAAGGAUUCUGAUUGGCUGGUUUUAGCUUUGCGCUGCACUGCCCCCUAUGUGUUUGGUAUGUUUACAGCAUCAUGAGUACGAUACUUUUUAAAACAAAGUGGUGGAGAUAUUUGUUUAUGGUACAACUGGCAGCAAUCUCCUGCAUCGUUUAUUUAUUUAUGGUACAAAAAGUCGGGAUAAGCUUCGACAAAUUUAGCAACAAUGCCUUGGAGGGCUCCAAAACAGAUGUAAGAUUAUUUGUUUUGGUUUGAAAAUAUCAUAAGUUGAACUGAAAAACAGUGUCAUGGUUUUAUGUUGGGGGUUUUUUCAGCUCACGCUGGGUGGACAAGGUGGAGGGAAUCAGGACCCGUCCCAAAUAGAUAUCAAACCUUCAGUAUUCUGGUAGAAAGCUGAAGACAAACAACUUCAGUUUUUAGCAGGACGACACUCUCCAAGCGUCCAAAUUAACAAAAUAAUGAGGAAAAGGCCAGAAUCCAGACCUGAAUCUGAUUCCUUCCCAAUCUGACAGAUCUGGGUUGUUUUCCCUCCUGAUAGUCCGAUUGAUUCGGUUCGACUGGGAACCAAAACUGCAUCAUUUUAGUCAAACCAAGCUGUUCCCCUCCAGGUCUGUGGGGGCGCUGCACCAAGGCGUAUAAUUUCAACUUCAUUGUCGUACGACUUUAUUCUUAGAAUAUUAUUUUAGUCUUGCGAUAUGAUUUCUUUUCUGGUAAUAUUACUAGUUUAUUCUCAUAAUAUGAAUAUUCUCAUGUUAUUUCAAUUUCAUUUACACCUUAUUCUUGUAAAAUGACUUUUCUUAUAUUAUUACGACUUUAUCCUCAUAGUGACUUUAAUCUUGUAAUACGAGUAUUUUUGUGUUAUUCUGACUUCCUUGGUCCUCUUGGCGUUCACAUGUGAGUUCACCUCAACUGAACCAAACUGAGGUUUGUAGGUGGAGCAGAGUUUCCUGCUCAUUCGAACUCGAGUUUGAUUAAAGCGGACUAAACAAAAGAAAAUUUCCGAGUCAAUUGUUCUACGUUAGCCGAUAAAUCGGUCAUUCUUAAUCAGAAAAACCUUCCAUUUUAAGGUGGUGUGUAAACUUUUUAUAUCCUCUGUACAACUCCAUAUUUCACUCUCACUUCUUUCUUGCACAGUAUUUUUUCAUUUAAACGCAGAUGCUAGAUGUUAAAGACCUGUAAAAGUCCAAAAAUGAUAUUUUGCGCUGCCAAAUUGCACCAACUUGCACACAGCCCGACGUGGCGCAGCGUUAGCUCGAAGCAUCUCGCCUUUGGAAGCACAAGAAGCCGAGUUUCUGUGGAGCGGCUCACCUCAGGGGCUGUCAUCGCCAACGCUCGUUGUAAUCUUUCUAUCUCGUCACUGUUCACUUCUCUGUUCUCCUUCUUUCUUAAUUAUCUUAAGUGCUAUUUAUCAAAUACUGAAAUCUGAAAGGACAAAAAAAAUCGAACUUGUUGUUUCUUUGCAUUAUGGCUUAUGUCAAGUUUUUUGAGGAGAAAAAUGUUUUGUGUGUUCUCUUUCCGUGGCGUAAAAACAGAGCUUGUUGUCUGUAAAGAAAAAAAACUACAAAAAUUUACCAAAAAAAUCAGAUUUUUGUUGUUGCUGUUGUUGCUUUUGUUAAUUUUGACUCAAAAUGGUUUUCAGUAGUUUCAGAGUUAUUGUCUUGAGAGAAGCCAAAGUCAAUGCAUUUCAGUGGAUCCUGUAAGCGUGAUGUAUGUUUGUUUGACAACACUUGGAAAUCUGUCACUGGAUGGGAUUUAAAAAGUACAAAAAAUGCAGGCUUUCCUAUUUCUACAACUGAUUGUACUUAUGCAUUUUGUACCAGUGGAAUUUUUUAUACUGGAGAUUAAAGGAUACAACAAAAAAAUCUUAGAAAAACGCUGUCUGGCCUGGUGAUGUGGCCUGACCCGACUGGUCCCCGAGUAUGAUUUCUAGCUGGCAUCAAGAACGUUGGCUUUUGAUAUAAGAUUUUCUAAAAGAUCUUUGGCUUUAUUUCUUUCACUUCUUUUUCCUCACUUUAAUGUUUUUUUCUUUUUCAAAAGAGGAGGGUAGGUGAGUGUCAGACCUUUCAUUUUACUUAUUAGUAGUUCUAGCAAGUUUGUCUAUACAACAGCAGUAAGUUUCAUUUGACUUCUGUAUUGUCGUCUACACCAUAAGACAAUUAUAGAAAAAGAAAGAAUAGAAGUAUUUAGUCACCUUCAGUGGAUUAAUGUAUUAGUUUAAUAAAGAGAUCAACUAAUUAGAAACCUUUUGCUUUUAGCUGUUUAGAGUUUUUCCGGUUUCUCUGUCCUUCUCUGUGAACUAACUGUGUAGCUGAAGCAGUCAGAAUUAUUUUUGUAAACGUAUGUUCUUGUGUGAUGCAGUUUUUUGCUUCUGUCUCCUAUAUUAAACCAUUUUUCCUAAUA